UAACGAGAAAGAGUGAAAGAUCCAAUUUCCCCGAAGCCCCACAUCAGUCCGCUGGGUUGUGCUGCCCCCGUGUGGAGCAGGUCGGCGUUACACCCAGCGCGCCGGUCGCGUUGAACCGGUUCACUCCGCUAUGGACUCACUGACCCCGGCAGCCUCGCUGAGCUGCAGGCUGCCCGUGGGCAACACCAGGUGCCGCGGACAAUCGCGCGUUUUGACGCGUUCGGUCCUCUCUCUCCUUCAAAACACUGCCCUGUCCAUUCCACGCCGAACCAGCACACCCGAACCCACCCCGGCUUCUGAAGCCUCCCGCACGAACAGCGAGUCUGGAUUAUGGCAUCUCUGUCGCUUUAACGCUCCAGACGGAGCGCCCCAUAUGAUUUUGGAGCUCCAAUCACCACUUGCCCUCCGCCAAAGGCAGCCGCCGAUCACUCUGCAUGCAAACAUGGCGAGAAAGAACCGCCGUCCGAAUCAAAGGACGCCGUUUAAAUACAAAGAGUAGCCUUUCUGUUGUGGUGGACGGGAGCCGUCCGAGCGCUGAGGAGGGGAAACCAAACGGAGCUCCUGGGAAGCAGCAAACGCCUCCGGAUCGCAAUGCUGAUAGUGGAGAAGACUGCUGACCUCCCGUCUGUGGAGUACUCUGUGGUGGAGGAUGUGGCCCUUCACUGCACCUUCCUGAUGGACCGUCUGAACGAGCAGCGCCUGCUGCAGCCAGAUCUGUGCGACGUGGACAUCGUGCUGCUGCGCCACAAGGCCACCUUCCAGGCCCACAAGGGCGUGCUGGCGGCCUAUAGUCCCUUCUUCCACUCGCUCUUCGCCUCCAGUAAGGAACUGCAGCGUGUGGAGCUGUCGCUGGAGGCGCUCCAGCCACAGGGCCUGCUGCAGGUCCUCAACUUCAUCUACACCUCCAAGCUGCUGGUGAACAGUGGGAACGCACAGGAUGUGCUCCGUGCUGCCACCGUGCUGCAGAUGAGCAACAUCGCUUCGUCCUGCCGUGAGCUCAUCUCCCGUGGCUCGCUGCACGCCCGGCCUACUCCGACAGAUCUACCUAGGCACCAGGACACUCAUGACAAGCCCUGGAGCAACGGCAACAGUGGCAAUGGAGGCAGCAGCUCGGCAGGCUCUGCUGGCCUAGGCUCCAGCUUCUAUGUGGAAAUCAAAGAGGAGCAGGACCUGUCAAGCGCCAAGAUCUUUGCAGGGAAAGGCGAGAGGAGUCCAUAUGCUGUUCACAUCGGAGAUGGACAGGUGGGACAGCCAUGUAAGGUGGAGGAAAAACUGGAGAUGGCAAGAGAUUCGGAUGACCUCACAACGUACAACAGAGAGCAGAUCAUUGUGGAGCUGAAUCUGAACAACCAGACCCUCAAUGUGUCCAAAGGUCUGGAAGGGGGCAGCACUUCCCCCACUGUAACUCCUGGCUUUGAGACAGAGGAGAAGGACAACGGAGAUUCAGAGGAAGAUGACCAAAGCGAAGGUGACGAGGAGGCACCUGGAGGUACCAGCGAAGAAGAAGCAGCUGAGGUGGGACAUCGUGACCUCAACCUGCCUGAGUUCCUCCCUCAGAGACCGCGCAGACAGACCAGGACCUCGGUGGACACUAUGGCGACGGUUACUAUGAGAACGAGCAUGAGAGUGAGGCGGGGCGGUGGCGGGAAUAGGCGUGGUGAGGAGGAGGAGGAAGAUGAGGGUCUGGGGCAGGACGCACAAAUGGAGGAGAGGCGGAGCUUCCCAUGCAUGAGGUGCCCGCGGGUCUUUACCAAUGGCUGGGACAUGGAAAAGCACAUGAGCAUUGCACACAGCCACAUGCAGGUGUGCGACAAGUGUGGCAAGCGCUUCCUCCUGGAGAGCGAGCUGAUGCUGCAUCAGCAGACUGACUGUGAGAAGAACAUACAGUGUCUUGCGUGUGGCAAAGACUUCAAGAAGCUGUGGUCCCUGCAUGAGCACAAUAAAAUUGUCCAUGGCUACGCUGAAAAAAAGUUUACUUGUGAGAUUUGCGAGAAGAAGUUCUUCACCAUGGCACACGUUCGCAAACACAUGAUAGCUCACACAAAAGAGAUGCCGUUCACCUGCGAGACCUGUGGCAAGUCCUUCAAACGAAGCAUGUCUUUGAAAGUUCAUUUUCUCCAACAUUCAGGAGAGAAGCCCUUCAGAUGUGAGAAUUGCAAUGAGCGUUUUCAGUACAAGUACCAGCUACGAUCUCAUAUGAGUAUCCACAUCGGACACAAGCAGUUCAUGUGUCAGUGGUGCGGCAAGGACUUUAACAUGAAGCAGUACUUUGAUGAGCACAUGAAAACCCACACAGGAGAGAAGCCGUACAUAUGUGAGAUCUGUGGGAAGAGCUUCACCAGUCGACCCAACAUGAAGCGACACAGGCGCACUCACACCGGAGAGAAGCCGUACCCGUGCGAGACGUGCGGCCAGCGCUUCCGCUUCUCCAACAUGCUCAAAGCCCACCGAGAGAAAUGCUUUUCGGUCAACAACCUGCCAGCCUCUGAGGCCCCUCCCACUGAGUAUGACUCCGCCCCCAUCACCAGUCAAGUUGCAGCCAGUCAGGUCACUUCAUUUCAGACGGGUAAAGACACUGGCCUACCUGCUCACCCGGCAGCAGCAGUGCCGCAGUACCCCUCACACCUGCUUCCUCUGCCGCCUCUGUUCCCCAACGCAAGGACCGACUCUAGCGAGGCCUAGCUAAGGUUCUGUGUUCCCAUCAGGCUACAGGUACUCAUUGUGUAACAUGUUAGGCUUUUCUAUGUGUGUGUAUUAGGGAUGGGCAUUUUCAAUAUUAAUCAAUAACAGAAUAGUAAUGUGAUUGGCAUUCAAGUGGACAUCUUUACAGCACACCCACAAACACAAAUACCCUAUAUGAAGCAUAAAAAUUAUUCAGCAGUUGACCUAUCAAUGCCCCGCCCACAAGAGCAUUUAGGAGUGCAUAGCUACUUCAGUGAUGUUGAAGCUCGACAGAAUGUUGACAAAAGCCCAUUAAACCUAAUUAAGCAUUUUAACACACAACUGAUUUCAUCAAAAUACUUAUAAUUGGAAUGUUUUGUUACUUACAAAUAAUGCGCAUGCAAGAAAAUAUCUUUUGGAAAUGAAUAAUGCACAUUAUUAGCAGGUUGGAACCCACAGAGAACUUGAGAGCUUGUAUUUAAAACUCUGAAGUAUUGUACUCUUGUUCAAUUGUUAAGUUUUAGAUGGAAACAGAAGGGUUAAAUAAGAAUGGAACAUUUUUAGAAGCUUCAGAUGUCUGUGUUUAAUCUGGAACUACCUUUUUUUUCAGAUUUUCCAACCCAGUUGCGUUCUGGUGCCAAAUAUUCUUCCGUUCCACCUUAAACACUGCAGCAGUUACAUUCUGGUGCCUAAAUGUGGUUCACUGUAAAGGUGGAAUGGAAAACUUCAGCCUCAUCAGAAAGUGUUCAUGUCAAUCACCAUUAUUUUAAAUAUAUGUCCUGAAUUGAAGGCCUAGCUUUAAUAUUCAAGGUUCGCCCCUGCUAUUCAGAUGUUUCAAGCUGUGUGUUACAGAUCCUCGUUAGGGUAAAUGAGAUUUUUGUUAACAUGCUGUAAAGCUUGUCCAAUCUUGUAACAGUGGCUAUAAAAGAACUCUUUUGUGGGCGGAGCAGCUAUUGAUCAAUGAGUAAAUAAAUAACCACAGUGCAAAAAUAUUAAAUGUUGGGUCGGUCAACUUACUGUUUAGCUUUUUUUUUCUUUUUCUCAGUCAAAAGUUCUACUUUUGUGGAUCUCAGUUCAGUCAAGAAAAUUAAAUUGAGCUUUCUCAGAGAAAAAAACAGAGACCAGUGGGAUUGUUACUCAGUUCCUCUGCCAGCGUAAUCAUUGCUAAUUUCCAUCCACAGGCUAUGACUCCCCUUUAUCCUAGGUGGGUGUGGUGUGCGUUGGGGAGGUCUAGGUGGGCUUGGAGGACUUCCAAUUCUCAAACUUCUGACUGUAGAGGACUGAGAGCCUGUCCACACAUAUAGGAAUAUUCUAUGCAUUUUGGCCUCACGUCCGCAAUAACACAGCAUUUUAGGUGACUCGAAAUCCUGCCAGAAUGGAGAUUUUUGAGACCUCUGAUUUCUGUGUUUUCAUGUGGGAGAAGAUUUUUUUUGAGAACGGAGAAAAAGAAUAUACAUUUUCAUAAAUAUCCAGACAUAUUGUGUGGACAGAGGCUGAGACAUUAUCAGGAUUCAAAUCUCUUGAUGACUAGGCAGCUGGACAGCUGCACCACUCAGAGCCCUGAAGAUGCUUACAUUUCUGAGUCCAAAGAAGAAUCUUCUUCUUCUUUCGGCUGCUCCCUUUAGGGAUCGCCACAGCGGAUCAUCUGCCUCCAUCUUGCCCUAUCCACUGCCUCCUCUACUUUUACACCAACCAUCUCCAUGUCCACCUUCACUACAUCCAUAAACCUUCUCUGAGGUCUACCUCUUCUCCUUCUACCCGGCAUCUCCAACAUUCUUUGACCAAUAUAUCCACUAUUCCUCCUCAACACAUGUCCAAACCAUCACAACCUUGCCUCUCUGGCUUUACCUGACACCCGUCUCCACCCACUUUAUCCUACCUGCACCCUCUUCUUCACCUCUUUUCUACACUGUCCAUUGCUCUGGAUGGUUGACCCAAGAUAUUUGAAGUCAUCCACCUUUACGACCUCUA